AGAGAGAGCUGUGUGUUGAGUUGAGUGAGAGAUAAAGUUUUCGUGCCACCGACGUUCCUCAUCCUGGACUGGUCUAGUCCUGCCUGCUCAGUUCCGCGCCGAUCGACCAGGAGUUGGUACCUAGUCCCGUCCCGGCUGUAUCGAUUAAUUCGCCGGCUACACUUGUCUCGUUCUGCACGUGUGUUACCAAAUAAUUCUCCAGCUCUCUCUCUCUCUCUCUCUGUCUCUCUUUCUACUUCGGCCGAUCAUCAUGUCCGGUGCAGAGUUCCUUGGCAAGCGCUACAAGCUCUUCAGCAGCGAGAACUUCGAUGACUUCAUGAAAGCGCUCGGAGUGGGUCUGAUGACGCGUAAAAUGGGCAGCAGUGUCAGCCCCGUGAUCGAGAUGACGGAGAAAGACGGGACGUACACCCUGAAGACGACCAGUCCCUUCAAAAGCACCGAGAUCAAGUUCAAGCUCGGCGAGGAGUUCGACGAGGAGACCGCGGACGGCAGGAAAGUGAAGAGCGUGUGCACCCUGGAGAAUAACAAACUUAUACAGGUGCAGAAGGGUGACAAGGAUACCACGAUCGAGAGGGAAUUCACGCCCACGGAGAUAAAAGCGAUCAUGAAGGUUGACGACAUAGUCUGCACGAGGGUAUACAAGGUUCAGGAAUAAAGAGGUGUCUCUGUGACUGAUGGCCGAAGACGCGCACAACCGCGUACGUGCUUUUUAAGAGCGCUCUACGAAAGAACGUGUCAAUCGAUGUUUAAAAUCUUGUCUCUCGCGAGCACGCGAACGCCAGGAGGACGGGGAAUGUCAAACGAUGUUUGUCAGCGCCGGACCACCUGCGUGUCGGAUUAAUUACUCACAGACACAUACGUGGUCGUGAGGAUGUGAUCAAUCACAAAUUACACGAAACAAAUUGCGAACGUUGCACGUUUUUCUGUAAAGUUGAAAGUUCUACGUUUUUCGAUAUGUACGCUUUUCUUGUAAAGGGGAGGUCGCGAACCACGAUGAAUGAGUCAUCGUAUGAACAGAUCAGUCGCUCGAGAGUCAUGCACAUUCUUUUCUUUUCCGACGAGUUUUCGUAUUGCGCGUUAUAUAGUAAAAAUAUAUAAUAUCGUCGAUCGGUGAGUUCUGUUUCAUCCGUAGCGGUAACUGUGUUACCCCAUUAAUUGUACGAUUAAUAUUUGUCAUAUGAGUUAUUUUUACGAAUAAAGAUUGCAGAAAUAUACACAA